GAGUUGAUCACUCUUUUGUCAAGCAAACUGUUUGCAGCGUCACCUGAUAACUAGGAUGAAGCUUUUGGUAUUGCUACUGUUGGUUUACGUUACAGCUGCCGAUGAAACGCCAGGAUUUUUCAUUAAACUGUCCAAAAGCGUCCCUCGUAUUGGACGUCGAGGUGAUUUUGAAAACUUCUUCCUGAAGCAGUCAAAAAGUGUUCCCAGGAUUGGGCGACGCGGUGGUUUCUUGACAGAACCAGCGAAUCCCUCCGAGAAUGCCAACAACUGGUUCGAGCGGUUGAUGCGUCCUUCGAAACGGCUGGUUGAAAACGGUCAACCGGCUGAAAAUGGCAAAAUCUACAGCAAAGUUCGACCACUAGAUCUACAUCACAUCAUCGAUAUCCUUUCGGACGACCUGUUCUUCGGAUCGGACCUAAAGUUCAUAUCCUGGGACGUGCUGGACAAAGCCCUCGAGGAGGAUCCCGAUCUGAUGGCCAAGUUGGGUUCGCUGGCACGUGACAAGGAGGUACACCAGCUGAAACAGCUGCUGAGUGAGAAUAAGAGUGAACUUAUUCAGUACGUUCCACUCGAGGGAGGUGCAGCGGAUGUCCAUUCCAACAAGGCCUAUAUUUAUCGCACCGAUAGAGAGGACCAGAGCAACGCCCAGCUCGGCAAGGAGAAGAUCGAGUAUCAACAGUGAUGAAAGUGCCAAUUGAUGAACGAAACCUGCUACAAUGUAUCAACGAACGAAAUAUGCAUCUGCUUUAAUGAAUAUUCAUCUCCUGUGUAGUGUUGAGCGAAAAGCUUUUUAAUUUUUAAGGUUUGGCCCUCUGAAUCUAGACAAUAAACGGAAAAUGUA